AUGCUGGACUCAUAUAGAGAUGCUAGGUGUGAAAGGAAGACAUGCUUGAGUUUUAUCUUAACCUUGGGUUCCAUUGUGUCAAUCUCUUCUCCCAUCUCUUCUCCCAUUUCUUACUCUUGGAUUCCAUUUGGCAUCAGAUAUGAUGAGAAGUGGCUGCUGAAUCUGAUUCAGAAACAAUGCAGUGUCCCCUUCACCCCAGUGCAAUUUCACUAUGAGAAAAUGCAGGCCCAGUUCUUUGUUGAGAAUGCCGGCAGUGCCUUCGCAUUGAAGAGUGUCAACGGCAAGAUCUGGAAUGAGAAUAAUGAAAUGAUAUCUAUCUUUGUCCACCCCUCUGAUGCACCCCAGCCUGUGCAGAAGGAGCUGAAGCCAGAAAAUGUGGAUCAGAUAAAGUUGACCACAAACAAAAGAUGUGUAGUCUCCUAGCAAUCUCUUAACAUCCAGAAAGUCCGCUUUGCCCCUGACAUGGUCACCCGAGAUAUUGAAAUGGUACCAAAUCCUAGAAACAGCAUGGCUGCCUCCCGGCAGACUCAUGAAAAGAACAUGUUCAAGGCUGCAGGGGAGUUGGACAAGGGCAAAAGACUGCAGCGAGAAGACAUGAGUGCAAACAGAAGCCCCCUGUGCACCACCUUUCCCGAUAAAUCAACCAACAUAAGCUCCAUCCUGGAACUGUUUUCCAAGUUAUUGUGCCUGGAUGGCCAAGAGUCACCUUCACCAACCAGCGUUGGUAUUGCAGCCCACAAGAGGUUACCAACCUGCAAGGGAAGCUUCUUUGGAUCUGAUGCGCUGAAGAGUCUGGUCCUGCAAUUCCUGCAGCUGUACUACUUGAUCUAUGACUCUGGAGACCUUCAGGGUCUCCUUGGUGCUUACCACGAUGAGGCCUGCUUCUCCCUGACCAUUCCCUUCAACCCCAAGGAGCCAGCCCCAAGCAGCUUGUGCGAGUACCUCAAGGAAAGCAGGAACAUGAAGAAGGUCCAGGACCCCUGUGCGUGUGUGAUAGGGGAAGAUUGGGCAGGGGAAGGAGAUGUGAGGGGCUAAUCAUUGGACCCAGGGUGUGGAAACCCCUGAACUUCACUUGCUUUUCCACCCCCCCCCCAUAGACCUGCGUGUUCAGCUGCUGAAGCAUACAAAACAUGACAUUGUGCACUCCCUCUGUGUGCUGCCCAAAACUCAGCAUGACCUCAGCUCCUUUGUGGUGGACAUAUGGUGUCAGACGGUGAGCACCUGCUUCCCCCCAAGGGUAGCCCUCAGAAAGCCACAGGUGGGUAGGAAGUGUAGGUGACUUAGCACCUGGGCUCUUCCCUUUUAGGACUUGAUGCUCUGCUUCUCUGUCAACGGAGUGUUCAAGGAAGGUGAGUGUGUGUAGAACCUCCUCCUCAGCUGCCCCACUGCCCCUUCCUUGGUGGUUGGGCUCCCUCUCAGAACUCUCCCAGCUUCCCCAAUUCCUGCUGUGUUCUCCUGUCCUCACUCUGUCCUCAAACCACCCUUAUCUGAACCAGGUAUAUGCCUGUCUACCCCACACAGCUUGGGCAUUAGGGACACAGUGUGUGGAAUUUGAUAGCUCUCACCCUAGAUCCUUACUCUGUGAACUUGGGCUCAGAACCUGUAAGUUUUGAGGAGUAUUCAUUGGUCCCAGCACAUAGUCGGAUCCCUGUCAUGGGGAACAGAUUGCCUUCCUCUUUCAGAACACUCUGACUCCCAGAGAACAAUUGUCCCCUCCAGCACGAAUGAAUAUCAAGUCAGACCAUGACUGGGAAUGCUGUGUGAGUGUGUAAAGCAUGUGGAAUGCUAAGAGGUGUUGUAAUUUGUUUUUUGUUGUUGAA